AUGGCCGCAUCCAAUACACCAGAAAACGUGCGACAGAAGAUCGAGCAGGAGCUGCACAGCGAAUUGCUUCCUGGCACCGAAUUGAUGACCGAAGUCGCCGGCGUGCAUCUCGUUCACGCUCACAACGCUCCGAAUGCCGUGGCAUUGGUUCCUCAGCCGUCAUUUGAUCCCUCUGAUCCAUUGAAUUGGUCUAAAUUAUGGAAGACAAUCGUGUUGGCGAAUCAAGGACUCUUUGUUUUAUUGAGCAUCAUUACAACCUUGUCCAUUGCUCCCCUCACGCCCAUUUACAUGGCUGAAUGGAAUAAAAACCAGACAGAGGUGGCACUAUUGACAGGAGCCGCCGUCGUUGCGCUCGGAUACGCCAAUUUUAUCAUUAUCCCAUGCGCCGACGUUUUCGGCCGUCGACCGGUACUUUUGAUCUGUUGUGCCAUCACGCUUAUAUCCGAUAUCUGGCAAGCCGCCGCAAAGUCGUAUAAUUCUUUCCUCGCGGCUCGCAUUGUUUCGGGUCUAGGAACGGCGGCAAAUGAAAGUAUCAUGACGAUCGUCGUGACUGACAUAAUCUUUCUCCAUGAACGAGGACGGUUCGUCGGGAUUUACUUCUGGUGCUACUUUGUCGGUAUCAUGCUGGGCCCUAUCAUCGCAGGCAACGUCGCAGCCCACGUCUCCUGGCGCUGGUUCUUCUGGGCCUGCACCAUUUCCCAAGCCGUCAAUUUCGCCAGCUUGAUCUUUUUCUUCCCGGAAACUCGGAGAACCAAGGCGUUGUCCGCUCCGCCCACCACCCUGGUCGACACUCCUCCCAUAAAGGGGGAUGACGAAAAGACCAUCCGAAAAACGGACCUCCACGCAGAAUACCAAGAAGAAACAGGAGCAGAAGUCGACAUCAUACCGGUAAACCAACAUCUCGGCCGCGGCCGCCCCAGUCGCACGCAACUCAACUUCUUCCAAUCCAUUGAUCGAUCAGCCGUCAGUACCAUCCUGCACCACAUUGUCACACCCAUCGAGAUAUUCUUCUACCCCAUCAUCUUCUGGGUCUCCAUGGCCGUGGGGGCCGCCGCAAAUUCCCUUCUCUGCGUUAACCUCAUCCAAUCUCAAGCCCUCGCUGCGCCUCCUUAUAACUUCAGCCCGGCAAAUGUCGGAUUUGCCAAUUUCGCGCUUGCCGUUGGAGCCAUUAUCGGUCUCGCUGCCGCGGGUCCGUUCUCAGAUUGGAUUGCCAUGAGAGCCACGAGACGGAAUGGCGGAAUCCGUGAGCCCGAGAUGAGACUUCCGGCACUGAUACCAUUUAUUGUUGCGGCUGCUGUUGGGAUGACCGUUGUUGGAGUGGGGUUCCAGCACCAGUGGCCUUGGGAACCAGUAAUCAUUGUCGGCUUUGCCCUCGUUGGAGUACUGUCCGUCAGCAUACCGACAAUCACUAUCACCUAUGCCAUUGACUGCUACAAACCGAUCGCCGGACAGAUUAUGGUCACAGCGACCGUGACGAAGAACACAUUUGGCUUCGGCAUGACAUACUUCGUCAACGACUGGGCCGCAGAGCACGGGUUCGUCCCUCCUCUCAUGCUCCUCAUGGCCAUGACGGUGGGAUUCAGUCUGAUCGGAAUGCUUGUUUCCCUAGCGUACGGCAAGACGAUGAGGAGGUGGACGCGGAAUGCGAAGCUGCAUCAGUUUUAG